GCACACGGGGAAGAGCAUGCUGACAUGCAGGAAUGUGGAAUUAGGGAGUUGAACUAUUGUGUCUUUAUACAAUAUGAGACUUCCUUUCUAUGCCAGACGCCACAAACAAACAUACAUUAGUGUUGAAUAGCAGGCAGCGAGGCACCAGGCCCACUUCCUCUAGAGAUGUGGAUGAAGGAGAGGCAGAAAGGGAAGGGGGGUGGGCAUAAACUACAGCCUCCCUCAGUCAGAUCAGUUCAGACCUCUGGACCCCCCUGCUGUUCUCCUCCGUCUGCUGUGGGACCAGCUCCUUCUGUUCUUCGUUCUCUGCCCAAAGCUGACCCGGGACAACGGAUCGGGAAUUCAUUUUUCUGGACCAUCCUUUCUGAAAGGGAGUCUGCGCCUUGCUCAAAGGCUUUUCUCGAGACAGAAAGUCAAUCAUCACUGCAGACCUACAGACCACUCAGACUGCAGCCGCUCUCUUCCACAUCUGAGAUCAGAAAUUUUACUCUGAAAACCAAGAGGGCCUUUCUGCACUGAAAUAACUCCAGUCUCUUCCUCAACUCUAAAGAGAAAAGACAAACACCUGAGAGCUUCUGCGCUGAGCUCAUGGCCGACUGGAGUCUUCUGGGAAAUUUCCUGGAGGAAGUACAGGAACACUCGACCUCUGUGGGCAAAGUGUGGCUGACCAUCCUGUUUAUCUUCCGUAUUUUGGUUCUUGGGACGGCAGCCGAGUCCUCCUGGGGAGACGAACAGGAAGAUUUUAACUGUGAUACUCUGCAGCCCGGCUGUGAGAACGUCUGUUACGACGAAGCCUUCCCUAUAGCACACAUACGAUUCUGGGUGCUUCAGAUUGUGUUUGUUUCCACGCCAAGUCUGAUCUACAUGGGCCACGCCAUGCACACUGUCCGGAGAGAGGAGAAGAGGAGAUCCAGACAGGAAGAUGACAGAGACGGGGGAGGAGAAGAGGAAGAUCAAGGAGGAGGAGACAAACAGGAAAGGAAAGGAGAAAAGGAUGAGGAGAAGGAGAAAGGUGAAAGACCAUCAGCAGGCCGAAUACGGCUGAAAGGGGCGCUGCUAAAGACAUAUGUGCUGAGUAUCCUGAUCCGCAGCGUCAUGGAGGUUGUGUUUCUGUGUCUCCAGUACGUCAUGUACGGCAUUUUUCUGAAUCCUCUCUAUGUCUGCAAGGCCUGGCCCUGUCCUCAUACGGUCAACUGUUAUGUGUCCAGACCUACAGAGAAGAACAUCUUCAUUGUGUUCAUGCUGGCUGUCUCAGCUGUCUCCCUGGUCCUGAGUGUGAUGGAGCUCCAUCAUUUGGCAUGGAAACACUGUUGCAGGUACCUUUUCUCUAAGAGGGCCGCCUCUUUAGCUGACACCUCUGCACCCCGACACCUCUCCAUGUCUCCGCUUCCACCGUCCUCCCCACCUCCAGAUUUCAACCAGUGCGUGACGGGCCCCUCACCCUUCCUGUCGCUCCCGUUCCCCAGCCACCUGCUGGUCCACCAGCAGAACUCUGAGAACACGGUCACAGAGAAGAACAAAAUCGUCGCUGCAGUGGAAGAGGCAAACUUCCUACAGAUGAGCUACUACUCCCCUGAAUGGCAGAGUGCUCGACAUGAUCAGAUCCAGGAUGGUGUUUACUUGAAGUCUGACUCUAAAGACUACAACCCCGAGAGCCGGGACAGGAACUGCCCUCAGAUCCAGAACUGCAGCCCCGACGGGCUGAUCAUAAAGGACAAGCGCCGCUUCAGCAAAGCCAGUGGAACGAGCAGCCGAACGAGAGCCGAUGACCUCUCUGUUUAGGGAGGAAGCAGACAGAAUUAUUACAUGAGCUACACAUCAGACUGCACAGAUUUAUUUUUAGUUGCUUCUAAAACUUUCAGAUCCUUCUUGACAGAAGAGUGACCCCUGUUUUUGGAGCCAUACAUAAUCUGAUGGACUGAAAGAAUCUUGUUUAACAAUUCAACAAAGUAAUUACUAAAUCCUGCAUAAAUACUAACUGAAGAUUUGGUUUGUGAAACACUUUCAGUUGUCAGACGCUUCCAGUUCAUAACAGUCACUCAUGAAGAAUAAACAUAAGUGAAGGUGAGCCGAAGCUCCUAACCAGCAGCCUCACCUGGGUCCGGAAACAGACAGCAGUGGACUAAAACGUUAAACUUCUAACAAGAGAAUAAAUAAUGUGAUUUAACCUUAAAUCUCAGUGAUUACCACUUCUCAAGUGAAAGCCAUAGAAAAACACCAAUGUAAAUGUCACACUAGUUGAAAUGUUUGCAGCGACAGUCCUGUAAACUACUUUUGCAUAUAUCUGAAGUCUCACUCACUGCUCCUCGAUCCUUGGUUUCCAAGAAUCUCUGGACGUCACAAUAGUUUCAAACAUCUUGACUCUGCAUGUGGGCGGAGCCUGAAACAUCACUGCUGGAUUGUGGUGAAACAGAAGUGAAUUUGUCCUCUUUUUCAGCUUUCUUGAAAAAAAGUAUGAAUCGGUGGAGUGGAUGUUUGUGCAUUUUUCAGUUUUGCACGUUGUUAAAAUCAUCGCACAUCAACACUUGAGGUUUUAACUACGUCUGCACGUUUUUCACAAAUUGAUUUUUUAAAAGACAGUUGGUUAAUUUUUCUACGCUGAAGAAUAAAUACACCUGGAUGAAA